GCGGGACCCGGGGCUCCCGCGCGCACUCGGCGGCCAAGCGAUAUUAAAAUGUCUGAUGAUGCCAGUGACAUCAUAGCCAAUGACGUCAGAGAAGAUGCUGCUGAGAUGCCCCCUAGUGACUCCCCAGCUGAAGAUGCAGAAGUGCAGUGUGGUCCGGCCACAGUGGCUUCAAAUGAGCCGGUGCCAGCUGACCACACAGGAGAGCAGUAUGAGAUCACAGCUGCAUGUGUGGAGUCUGUCCCUACAGGGCUUCUAGAGCAGUCGGAGGCCAGUGCUGCGGAGGAGAACCCCCUCAACGGAGAGGUGACUGAGGACACGCUGGCUGAGUGCAUUGAUUCCGUCAGCCUCGAGGGAGAUCCCGGAUCUGACAUACCUCUGAAAGAGCAGGGUGAUGCGGCUGUGGACUCCACACCACAGGCAGGAGGAUGGGCAGGCUGGGGAUCCUGGGGAAAAUCUCUGCUCUCAUCCGCAUCAGCCACAGUAGGUCAUGGGUUAACAGCCGUCAAAGAAAAGGCCGGGGCGACCCUACGAAUCCACAGUGUCAAUUCCGGAUCUCCUGAAGGGGCACCCACUGAUGCCAGAGAUGGAUUCUCUGAAAAUGUGACUCCAGAUCAGGACCCUGCCGGAGGCCCCCACCCUUCUCCUCCACCAGGGGCUGCAGGGUCGAGGGGCAUGCUGUCAGCCCUCACCCAUGUGGUUCAAAACACGGGCAAAAGCGUCUUAAGCGGAGGUCUGGAUGCUCUGGAAUUCAUCGGGAAGAAAACCAUGAACGUCCUGGCAGAAAGCGACCCAGGGUUUAAGCGGACCAAGACACUGAUGGAGAGAACUGUCUCCUUGUCCCAGAUGUUGAGGGAGGCCAAGGAGAAGGAGAAGCAGAGGCUGGCACAGCAGCUCACGGUGGAGAGGACGGCACACUAUGGGCUGCUUUUUGAUGAAUAUCAAGGUUUGUCACACCUGGAAGCCCUGGAGAUUCUGUCCAAUGAGAGUGAGAGCAAGGUUCAGUCAUUUUUAGCUUCACUGGAUGGAGAGAAGCUAGAACUCUUGAAAAAUGACCUAAUUUCUAUCAAAGACAUCUUUGUAGCCAAAGAAUCAGAGGGUGAAGCAAGUCCAGAAGAACUAGGCCUAGAAGAAAAGGGUGAAGAAUUUGCUAGCAUGCUUACUGAACUCCUGUUCGAAUUACACGUCGCCGCCACACCUGACAAACUCAAUAAGGCCAUGAAGAGAGCUCAUGACUGGGUGGAGGAGGGUCGGAGCCUGGUGUCCAUAGAUGUGACCAAAAAGUCAGAGGAGGAAGAGACGACAGGCGAAAAGGAAGAGCCAGACAAAGAACCCGCAGAAGACAAAAUGGGCGGGAAAGGAACUAAGACUGUAGAGGAAGUGUACAUGCUGUCCAUCGAAAGCCUGGCUGAAGUAACGGCGCGCUGUAUUGAGCAACUCCAUAAAGUCGCAGAGCUGAUUCUUCAUGGCCAAGAAGAGGAAAAACCAGCUCAGGACCAAGCAAAAGUUCUGAUAAAAUUAACCACAGCGAUGUGCAAUGAAGUAGCCUCCUUAUCAAAGAAGUUUACAAAUUCUUUAACCACGGUCGGGAGCAACAAGAAGGCUGAAGUCCUUAACCCCAUGAUCAAUAGUGUGUUUUUAGAGGGCUGCAAUAGCACCACAUACAUCCAGGACGCCCUCCAGCUGCUUCUACCGGUGUUACAGGUCUCCCACAUCCGCACCAGCUGUCUGAAGACCGAGACCCAGCUAGACUCCAGCUAGUGCAGUGGCAGCCGAAUCUCUUCACUACAUACCGUUCAAAGGCGAUGGUCUUCACCGACACAGGCGGGACCCCCCAUCUGAGGACACUACAAGCAACUUUGCACAGUUUAACAAAUACAGAGAGUUAACAUUUCUCUUAAUGUACAUUGUUGUUGUUUUUAUUGAUAAUUAUAUUUUCCAUAUAUUAACUUAAACUUAUACUUGUUAUAUUGAAACUGUCCUUCAAUUUACAGUUCUUCCACAAAUACAUGUUUUCCUGGUCAAACAUGCUAUAUUUAGAAGUUCUUAGGGAGACCCUAGGUUUUUGUGCAUCUUUGAAAUGUCUACCUUUGAGUGCCCUAUUUUUCUAAGACGUGUAUUUAAGUCAGUUCUUAUGCUGAACUGCAUUUUGUUGCAUAAAUGUCACAAGCAAAAACAGCACUACUUAUUUGGUUUUUUAAAAAGGACAUAAAUAUAUUUUUGUAGUCAUUCAUUUUGUGACAAGAUUUAUUGAGCAUCUACUAUGUGCUUACCGUAAAGGAAUAGGACCUCACUCCAAAAGAGACAUGUUCUGAAAGGUGAUUUAUAAUAACCCUUAACAUAUUUUAGGAUAUUAAGAUGUUUUCUAAACUUUAAAAUGCUUGAAGAACCGAGUAAAUUGGUGGUUACUUAAAAUGUGCUACCCUUCAGUUUAUUACCAUUUUUUAACCUCUUUGAACUUUUUGUUAAAUACCAAAAUUACCUCUAGGGUGAAAAUAUGUAUGAAAAAGGGGUAUGAAAAACUAUUUAUUUCUGAGACAGGAUCUCACUAUGUAGCCCAGGCUGACC